GGUGAUUUCCUCGCUCGCUCUCUGCCCCACAGGGCCCCAUUUUUUUAUAUGAGAUAAGUGGAAAGGCGAGCUUUUUAGCAGCGCCGAGCAGAGCGCUCGCUCUUGCGAUGGAUUUCCAGGCCAAGAGCAAGGAAGAUGCCGACGCGUGGAUCGGCGAAGCCGGAGAGAAUGGUAGCGCCGGCCAAAUUGCAGCUCUUUCUGCCGUUUCCCCUAAUCGAAACCGGCUAAUAAUGCCGAAGCCGGAGCCCAUAGAGACCAUUGGUGCCCUUCCGAUCAUCCCGCGCGCGCUUGGCCGGACCAAAGACCGGCACACCAAGGUGGAAGGAAGGGGAAGAAGGAUCCGUAUGCCCGCGGCCUGCGCCGCUAGGAUCUUCCAGCUCACCCGCGAACUCGGCCACAAAUCCGACGGCGAUACAAUCCGGUGGCUCUUGCAGCACGCCGAGCCGGCCAUCAUCGCCGCUACAGGAACAGGAACCGUCCCCGCCAUCGCAACCAAUGUCAACGGAACCCUCAAAAUCCCCACCCAAGCCUCCAACCCGGCCCCAUCCCUAUCUUCCGCCGCCGACGCUACGAAAAAGAGGAGAAAGCUGCAGCCUACGCGGGCCACGGCUGGAGGCGGUGUUAUUGGGUACUUCCAGGGACCCGACCCUCUUCUCCCGCCAGGUGGAGCAAUAUCGAUUUCGGCAAGCCUUGCGCCAGUCGCCGCCCCAAGGAUGGUGCCUAUGUGGACCGUCGGCGGCAGCGCCGCCGCGAUUUCCCCAGGUGCGGUGUGGAUGUUUCCUUCGUCAGCGGCGCCUUCAAGCCAGGGACAUAUAUGGACUUUUCCGAUGGGGUCACAGGUUGUUAAUUUUGCAGCCGCGAGGCCUGUCUUCUCCGCCGCCGGCGCAGCCAGCGGAAAGCAGGAGCUGCAGUUGAUGAAGGAAUCUGCAGCAGAUGUUGAGCAGAGCGGAGAAGAACCAGAUGAAACGGUAAAAGAAGCGGCUUAGAAGCUCCAUCGGAAAUUUGGCUGUUUUUUUAAUAGUUUGAAGUAUCUUAAAAUCCUGUAUCCUCUAAUCCUUUCUCAUCCUCUCUUAAUUGUUCAUCCUAAUUUGAGUUAGAAUUUAAUUAAAAUCUUCUAAAUUAGCGGUCAGCUGAAGAA